AUGCGGAUUCACGUGAUUUCUUUGGUGGUUCUGGCUGCUGCAGCUGCCGGUCUCACUGUCACCUCCCCACGAAUGGGGGAGAAGAUCGACCCUGAUAUGCCCUUGACCAUCAAGUGGCAAGCUGUCACAACGGACCCAGAGACCUUUAGCAUCGAACUGGUCAAUCAAAAUGUUUACCCUCCGACAACAACCGUUGUCGCAGAAGAUAUAGACACUUCCAAGGGCUCCUACACUGUGAAAGCCAAAACAUUCACAGAUGUCGACGAUGGAAAGGGGUAUCAGAUCAACUUUUGCGUCUACCCCUACCUCGUCCUAUUAUUCUACUGCUUCCUCUUCAAUUUCUACCCCUACAACAUCUUCUUUUAUGACCAGUUCUUCCGCAAGUGCGUCUACCUCUUCCAUUUUCUCUCCUUCCUCUCCGGAAGAAUCCUCAACUUCGUACACGUUUACCUUGACAUCUACCUUGAAGCUUACCCUUUCUACUUCCUCCUCAGUCUCUUCUAUAUCUACACCUUCAGCGUCUUCUUUCACUACACCAACUUCCUCUACUAUAUCCACCUCUGCUACCCCGACCACUUCUUCUUCCAUUACCACGUCUUCCAUAUCCCCUACGAAAUCCCCACAUCUUCCUACCUCGACUUUCAAAUCAAGCACUCUUUCUUCCAUAUCCCAUUCUACACCCAUUUCCACUACCCCUGGUUAGUAAAAGGCGGAAAGCGUAGCUUCCGAGACAGCAUUUUGCUCUUCACCCACUACAUUGAGAAGACAAAGAUUAACUGUAUCUUCAGGAUCGACCUCGGUUUCAACAAUUUCCUCGACUAG